UCUAUUUAUAUCGAAGGUCCCAUAUUGCAAACAUAACAUGUAUUAGAAUUGAAAAGAACUGAUAGGAAAAUGGCGAGAAUGAGAAACAGUAACGGAGAUGAUAGCUUUUGCUUCUACAAGAUUUUGUUUGAUCCUGAAAUUGAAGAAUUGAGAAUUCCAUCAGAUUUUGUGAAACAUAUAACAGAACAAGCUACAGAAAUAGCAUUUUUGGUGGGGCCUUGCGGCAAGUAUUGGAACAUAGAACUAAAAUCUAAUGAAGGUGGGAUGUUCAUUCAUGGUGGCUGGAAGAAUUUUAGGAUGGAGCAGCAUUUUGAAGGGGGUGAGCUCCUGCUUUUCAAUUAUGAUGGAAAAAUGACAUUUCAUGUACGCGUUUUUGACAAGAAUGGACUGGAGAGAUAAUUAAUAUAAUUCAAAUUGUAGUGAAGAGAGAGUUGUUGUAUGGAUAUUAAAGGUCAAAGGAGUUAAGUGGUAUUUAUCCGUUAAAUAAUAUUAAUUAUCAUAGUGAAAUGCUGAAGUGAGGUGAGAAUUUACAUUGAAGACUGCUUCUUAUCUAAAUUAUGUAAGAGUUCUAUUAUCCUUCUAAAUUAUGCAAGAGUUCUAUUAUCCUUCUAAAUAUAAUAAGGCUAUGGAAAGAAGGUCAAGAGAAAAUUCUACAAUGACUGGAACAAACAUUGUAGAAGACGAUCACAACUCCAAAAAAUGCAAGAAAGCUGGACAUGAAAGCAAUCAACCCAAGAAGAAAUUCAAGAAAAAAUGCUUUAACUGUGUCAAGAUUGUUCAUAAGUCCAUGAAUUGUCGUACCCUAAAGAAAGGGAAGAAAAAGGACCAAGUAAAUAUUGUUGAGUCCAAGAAAGAAACAGACGAUCUGUGUGCUAUGCUGUUCGAAUGCAACUUGGUGGGAAAUCCUUGUGAAUGGUGGAUGAAUUCCGGUACCACCCGCCAUGUUUGUGCUAAUAAGGAGUUAUUUGCUAAUUUUUCUCCUGCUCAAGGGGAAGAAAAUAUAUAUAUGUCCAACUCUGCUACAGCAAAAGUAGAAGGAACAAGAAAAGUAUGCUUGAAAAUGACUUCAAGCAAAGUGUUGACACUCAACAAUAUCUUGUAAGUACCGGAGUUACAA